UUCGCCGGCGAUAUCGCUGCUGAUAUCGCUGCUGACCCUCUUUUAUCCAAUUUUUGUCGUCACUUGCUCAUGCGAACACAGCUGCUUACCUUCCCAUAGACCAGGCGCAGACCUAGGUCCAUAGGAAUGCAUUAUGUGUUCCGACGCAUCAGCCUAUACCCUUUCUCUCCACGCAUAAGAAAGAGCGCACCUUGCAUUUCCCGCCGCACAAUGGCUACCUCACAAGCCGGUAGAACGUACAACGACGCCAUCGAUGCCCUCAACUCCCUUCAGACCCCUUAUGCCAUCGUCGAGGCCCGUCGCAAGGCUGGCAUCCGUCCCGAUGCCGCCUCUGUUGCGGAAAUGCACGAGUAUCUGCGCCGCAUCGGCUACACCUCCUCCGAUCUCGACCGUCUGAACGUCUUGCACGUCGCGGGAACUAAGGGUAAAGGGAGCACGUGCGCGUUUGCAGCGUCUAUCCUUCUACACUACCAACGCGCACACGCGAUACCUUGCAAGAUUGGUCUGUUCACGAGUCCGCAUUUAAUCGCCGUGCGAGAGCGGAUUAGAAUCAACGACGUCCCUGUUAGCGAGGACGUCUUCGCCCGUUACUUCUUCCAGGUUUGGGAUAAGCUCGGAGAAGCCGAAGAACGCGAGGGGCAGACGAUAAUAGACCAGAGGCUCGAUAUUCCCAUGCCUACGAGGCCGGUCUACUCUCGUUAUUUAACCCUGAUGAGCUAUCACCUAUUCCUCCAGGAAGGCGUCGACGUUGCCGUAUACGAAACGGGUAUUGGCGGCGAGUUCGACGCCACGAACGUCGUACCGCACCCUCUGGCGUCUGGCAUAAGUACGCUCGGUAUAGAUCACGUCUUCGCGCUCGGAGACACGAUAGAAAAGAUCGCCUGGCAUAAGGCCGGCAUUAUGAAGACCGGCAGUGCUGCUUUUACGAUCGAGCAAGUACCCGAGGCCACCGAAGUACUACAGAAAAGAGCCGAAGAAAAAGGAGUGACGUUGAAAGUGCUAGAUAUCGACCCUAGGCUGAAGGGUGUGAACGUCCGGCCGGACGCGCUGUUCCAAAAGAAGAACGCCAGCUUGGGGAUCGCCCUCGCAGAAGCGGCAUUACAAAAAAUCGACCCUAACUUCGCGCCAGAUCCGUCGGCGCUAAGUAGAGAAUUCGUCGACGGCCUUGAAAAGGUUGUGUGGAGAGGAAGAUGCGAAGUCAAGGCUGAAGGGCCAAUCCUCUGGCAUGUCGACGGAGCGCAUACCGUAGACAGUCUGAAGAUGGCGACGAGAUGGUUCGCAGGCGAGUGCGCAAAGCGGACCGGCCCGAAAGUCUUGGUGUUCAACCAGCAAGGCCGCGACGAGGCUAUCCACUUUCUCGAGGGCAUAAUCUCCGCCCUCCAAGCUCAAGGCCAAGGGACGUUCGAGCACGUCGUCUUCUGCACAAACGUAACGUACGCCAGCACCGGCUAUAAGCGGGACUUUGUGAACCACCAGCACGACCCCGUUGCCAUCAAAGCCCUCACCGCGCAACGCGCCUUCGCGGAGAAGUGGUCUUCGCUAGAUCCGGCUGCAAAAGUCGCCGUAGUACCGACGAUCGAAGAUGCGAUCAACUACGUACGAGACCUCAGCAAGGCGCCCCUGGGCGAAGGUGAGACGAUACAGGCUUUUAUUACGGGUAGCUUGCACCUCGUCGGCGGGGCUUUGGGCAUAUUAGAAGGCGCCGACGCCUUGUGACCGGCAAUGGUUAGUUUUCCAUCGAUGGGUUUGUUGGUAUUAUAAAAUGGAUCUGCGUUCAACGAGAGGCGACUAUAUAUACCCUGGGCAUAUAGAUCAGGACCUACGGCGGCUCAACCCGUAUAGAGUAGAAUUAAAUAA